UGAUUCAUCAAAAUUUUCACUGUCCGUUUGAGUCUGUGAGUCUAACUGCCCAAAUAAUCGUUUCAUAAUAAUUCCCACAAUUAUGAAAUUCGGCGAAAAAUAUUCGCGCUGCUAAAUCCAGAAAUAAACGCAGGACAACAGAGUGACGCGGUCUCGUGACUCCGCAAGUUCUUUUUUGCAGCGAACGAUCGAGUGAAGUCUAACGUGAAAUAGAAAAUCGGAAAAAUCAUCAGACGAUAGAAUAGAGUUUUUGCGACGUCUCUAAUCAAAUAAAUACUCUGUCGACAUGAUUUUUAAAAUUCUACUAAUAAAAACUAGUGCUGAUUUUUGUUGUUGAUUGUUUUUUUGAGGUUUGAGGGAAGUUUGAAUAAUUAAUUGGCGAAAAAUCGUGUUUGUGGGAUUUUUUAAAUAAAUAAUCGUUAUGGAUGCCCGAAGAAUGUCAACAUGGAAUGCCCUGAGUGUGACGGCUGCUCUGCAGAUCGCUCAACAGGAUAAUGAAGAUUGGGAGGUCGUCAAACCCGCCUAUUGCAAUACUACAAUAGAAAAACUACCGGACAAGGUGCUCCUCCACCUGUUCAGUUACCUCUCGCACCGCGAAAUCUGUCAACUCGCUCGCGUCUGCAGGCGAUGGCGCGUUAUUGCCUACAACACAGCACUUUGGAAGCACGUAUCUCUGAGGCCGGAGGUCAGUGGACUCCACGUCAACUCCCUGGAGAUGCUGCUUCAGCUCAUCAGUCAACGUUUUGGGGCCACCCUGAGGUACAUAGAGCUCCCAAUCGAGCUGAUAACCCACACAGUCCUCCACGAAUUGGCGAACAAGUGCCAAAACCUGACGCACAUGCUUCUGGACUUCUCCACGGCGAUGCAGCUGCAUGACUUCUCCGAGAUGCAGGCAUUUCCCACUAAACUAAAAUACAUGUGCAUUUGUCUGUCCGAGGUCAUCUUCAUGGAGGGAUUCAUGAGGAAAAUCUAUAACUUCAUCAAUGGCCUCGAGAUUCUCCAUUUGAUCGGAACGUACGAGAAGGUCGAGGAGGAGGAGGAGGAGAUCUACGAGGUGAUAAACGUCCACAAACUCAAGUCUGCGACCCCAAAUCUGCGAGUCAUCAAUUUAUACGGAAUUAAUUUCGUGGAUGACUCUCAUAUCGAUGCAUUUUCCUCCAACUGCAUUCAGCUUGAGUGUUUAGCAGUGAAUUUUUGUAAUAAAGUAACGGGGUCGACGAUGAAGACGCUGUUUCAGAGGAGCAGGAGGCUCAGGUGCCUUUUGAUGCAGGGAACUAAUCUCCAGAGUGAAUUCGUGAUGCAAGUGGAAUGGGAAAAAUCAUCAAUUCAAGAGCUAGACAUAACAGCAACGGAUUUGUCAACUGAAUGUCUGAUAGACAUGCUAACGCGAAUUCCAGGCCUGCGAUUUCUGAGUGCAGGACAGUUGAAUGGCCUCAACGACAGUGUUCUCAAGGCCUGGACCGAGGCCGGAAACCCGAGGAACCUCAUAGCCCUGGAUUUAGACAGAUCUGAUAAUUUAACUGACGACGGGCUGCAUAAAUUUUUGUCCAGACAUGGACAUCAACUGUGGGGUAUUGCACUCUCGGGAAUGCCACACAUCACUGAUCAGCUGUGGCAGAGUGUUCUACCUAUUUUGACUAAUGCCAAGAUUGCUGUCAUGGGAACGCAGGAGAGACUCGGAGUAAACAUUCACGUCGAUCAAUUGAUGGAUGGAAUAGCGAAUAACUGUCCAAACUUGGAGAGACUAGAGUUGCGUUGGGAUCCUGAGAACUUGCGAUUCUCCGACAAAUCCCAGAAAGCUAUUGACGUGCUGCGGGUGAAGUGUAUUAAACUGAGGUGUCUUGUGCUCAGCGAUGGAAGAUACUACGAAGUCGUAAAAGCGAACUUUGAGCGUGCAGACAGGCUCACAGUCGUCCGCGCAACGACUUGCUGCAGAGUUACAAACUACUACCUGUUGCAGAAUUACAAAGACUUAAUAUUCAAUUGACCGAGUCAAUUAAAACUUCGUGGCCAAACUGGUGUCAAUUGAAAUAUCAAACUUUCCACCGAAUGAUUCUACCAUUCACAGAAGUGCCUAAUUUACCUCAAGAUCGUGUAUAAUUUAUAAAAUUGUGUAAAUGUCCAGAAUGACAAUAAAUCAGUCAAUUUUAAUUCUAAGAAAA